AUGGCGGCCUCAUCCUCCGCUCUGCUAGGCGCCGGCAACCAUGGCGCUUCUUCCGACCGAUCAGCAGCCCAUAUGGCGACCACAACAGUCAACGUCGAGGGAAUGACGUGCGGUGCUUGCACCUCCGCCGUCGAGGGCGCCUUCAAGGGGGUGGAGGGUGCUGGCGAGGUGACCGUCAGCUUGAUGAUGGGCCGGGCUGUGGUCCAUCAUGACCCAACCCUGCUUCCUGCGGAAAAAGUCGCCGAAAUUAUUGACGAUUGUGGCUUCGAUGCGACGGUUGUCUCUACGGAUAGUGCUUCUACGCCGGCGGAUGGUUCCCGCGGGGCCAGGGAUAAAGUGUUUCAGCUGUCAACCACGACGUUGGCGGUUGAGGGCAUGACAUGCGGUGCUUGCACCUCCGCGGUGGAGGGAGGAUUGAAGGAUACACCUGGUGUGCAUUCAGUUAAUGUGUCUUUGCUUUCCGAACGAGCAGUCGUGGAGCAUGAUCCGUCUCUCGUUGCGCCCGACCAGAUUGCAGAGAUUAUCGAGGACCGCGGGUUUGGCGCAAAGGUGCUGGAAACCUCAACGGAGGAGAGCGCUGUCCGCACCUCGGAGGACUUGCCAGGCUCUACAUCGGGGCUGAUGGUCACGACUGUGUCUAUAGAUGGUAUGACAUGUGGUGCCUGUACGUCGAGUAUACAGAAUGCCUUCAGCGGGGUGGACGGUGUAGUGCAAUUCAACAUCAGCUUGCUAGCCGAGCGUGCGAUUAUCACCCACGACCCUACUACACUCACCUCGAAACAAAUAGUCAGCAUAAUCGACGAUGCCGGGUUCGAUACUACCGUCCUUUCAUCGGAAGCACAGGCGCCCAUGUCCAGAGGCCUCAGCCGUGUCACUCUCAGCCUCCACGGCUUGCGCGACGCAGCCUCGGCCUCGGCCUUGGAAGACACUCUGCUGCAGAAUCCCGGGAUUUCAUCGGCGUCUGUAAAAAUGGCCAACUCUCAAAUCACAUUGUCGUACGAAUCCUCGAAGAUUGGUAUUCGUUCGAUCGUCGAACUGAUCGAAAAGGCCGGAUACAAUGCCCUCUUGUCGCAGUCCGAUGAUACCAACGCACAGCUGGAGUCGCUGUCCAAAACUAAGGAGGUCCGGGAAUGGAAGCGCUCAUUCCUAUUUUCUGCUUCAUUUGCAGUCCCCGUCUUCUUGAUCAAUAUGUUACUGCCGAUGUAUCUUCCGGUUCUUGAUUUUGGCCGUGUUCGACUAUGUUCCGGUCUCUACCUUGGCGAUGUCGCCUGUCUUCUGCUCACUAUCCCGGUACAAUUUGGCAUUGGAAAGAGGUUCUACGUAGCCAGUUACAAGUCUUUGAAACAUCGCUCACCAACCAUGGAUGUCCUCGUUAUGCUUGGUACCUCUGCUGCAUUUUUCUACAGCGUGUUUACCAUGGUUGUUUCUCUUUUGUCGGAUAAUGAUAUCCGGCCAAGUACAGUCUUCGAUACAAGCACGAUGCUUAUAACCUUUAUUACUCUCGGAAGAUGGCUGGAGAACCGGGCCAAGGGCCAAACCUCUGCUGCUCUCUCCCGGCUCAUGUCUCUUGCACCGUCCAUGACCACCAUUUACGACGAUCCGAUAGCGGCGGAGAAGCUCGCCGAAGAAUGGGGAAAUCCUAACGAAAAGCCAAAGGAGCACUCAUCCUCGACCACCGAGGAGCGCGCAGGGCCAGGGCACAAACUCAUCCCAACGGAGCUCAUUGAAGUAGGGGAUGUUGUGCUCCUUCACCCCGGUGAUAAGGUUUCGGCUGAUGGCAUUAUCAUUCGUGGCGAGAGCUAUGUCGAUGAGAGUAUGAUCACUGGUGAAGCUAUGCCGAUCCACAAGGCCAAGGGUAGUGUUGUCAUCGCUGGUACGGUCAACGGCACUAGUUCUAUGGACUUCAAGGUUACUCGAGCUGGCAAGGACACUCAGCUGAGCCAGAUUGUCAAAUUGGUUCAAGAUGCUCAAACUAGCCGGGCUCCGAUCCAACGGAUGGCCGAUGUUGUUGCAGGCUACUUUGUUCCAGCUAUCAUCAGUCUUGGUCUUGUCACAUUCUUCGGCUGGAUGUUCAUGAGUCAUAUCCUACCUCACCCUCCGAAGAUCUUCUUGUCUGAAAACAACGGAGGCAAAUUCAUGGUCUGUCUCAAACUUUGCAUCUCGGUCAUUGUCUUCGCCUGUCCAUGUGCUCUCGGUCUUAGCACCCCUACAGCUGUCAUGGUCGGCACCGGCGUGGGUGCCCAACAGGGUAUUCUUGUCAAGGGUGGCGCUGUCCUCGAAGCUGCUACAAAGAUCAACCACGUCGUGUUUGAUAAGACCGGAACCUUGACCACGGGUAAAAUGAGCGUUGCUGAAGCUAAAAUUGAACCACAUUGGACGUCAAACGACUGGCGCCGCAGACUCUGGUGGCUGAUCGUUGGUCUUGCAGAAAUGAGCAGCGAACACCCCAUCGGCAGAGCCAUUUUCUCGGCUGCUCAGUCCGAAUCCGGCCAUCCAGGAGAGGGCGGGUUGCCCGGCAGCUUGGGUGACCUUGAAGCUUGCGUCGGCAAGGGUAUCUCCGCCUUAGUCGAGCCCACGUCCAGUGCAGAGCGCAUCCGGUACCGUGUCCUGGUUGGAAACCUUGCUUUCCUGCGAUCAAGGGACGUCCUCGUCCCUGAAACAGCUGAAUCAGACGACUCCGACAUCGCCCCCAAGUCUAAGGUCCCUGCCGGCAUAACCCAAAUUCACGUCGCCAUCGAUGGCCAAUACGCAGGAUCCAUCUUGCUUCGGGACACCGUGAAGGUGACCGCACCAGCAGCCGUCGCCGCCCUACACCGUAUGGGGAUCACAACCUCCCUUAUCACAGGAGAUGCCCAUGCCACCGCUGUAUCCAUCGCCUCUGCAGUGGGGAUCCCAACAGAGGCAGUCCACGCCUCUGUCUCCCCCUCCGACAAACAAUCCAUCGUCGCCUCAAUGCAAGACUCCGGCGACCGAGUCGCCAUGGUCGGCGACGGCAUCAACGACUCUCCCGCCCUCGCCACUGCAUCCGUAGGUAUCGCCCUAGCCUCAGGCACCGACGUGGCCGUCGAAGCAGCAGACAUCGUUCUGAUGCGGCCCGACGACCUCCUCUCCGUACCCGCAAGUCUGUCUCUCUCCCGCUCGGUCUUCAACCGCAUCAAGCUCAACCUCAUGUGGGCCUGUCUAUACAAUGUCAUCGGUCUCCCUUUCGCAAUGGGUCUCUUCCUCCCAUUCGGUUUCAUGCUACCCCCGAUGGCCGCCGGCGCCGCAAUGGCUCUAUCCAGCGUCUCCGUCGUCGUGAGCAGCCUGCUCCUCAAAUUUUGGCAGAGACCGGGCUGGAUGGAUGCCGAGAAGCUACAAAAGGAUAUCGAGUUGUCAUCCGACGGCAGCUUCAAUGCCUCCAAGAAGAGCUGGUGGGAGGCCACGCUAUCAGUAACUGGAUCUAGUUCUCACAGACGCUCGUCCUCGUCCUCCUGGGUCCGGGAAUUCGUCUCUGAUACUUGGUCGUUCAUGACGGGUAGGAAGAGAAGAGGCUCGAAUGCCGAUGAGGGGCUCUAUGUUCCUCUUCAGACGGUGGAGCCGCCUGUAUGA